AUGAUCAUCAUAGUUGAGUUAGCAGGAUUUAAUCAAACCAAUUUAACUGUUGAAAUGGAAAGAGAUGUUGCCAUUAUUCGAGUUGCUGAUCAAGAACAAUAUCCAAUUGGCUCAUUUGAAUUAUUAGUUUCUGUUAAAGAUGACAUUGAUGGUAAUCAAGCAGAUUUCCAAUGUGUAGAUGGAUUUCUAUCGAUUAAAUGUCCAAUAAGGAAAUAUGUUAAGAAACGAUUUGGAGGUCCAGCGAAAGCCGAUAAUUGA